GCUGACUGCUGUGUACUGUAUUCUGAUCUGUGUAGUAAUUUGUAUUUUUUAAGUCAUAGCAAUUUAUUUCAAAUCAGUGGCAGUGUAAAUUGUUAACAAUUAAUAUUUAAAAACUACAAAAUUAACAGUAUAAUAAAUGUAUUAAAAGAAAAAUAAAUUAGACAAUAGAUCUAAAUUUUGUGGUUAAAACAUGUCAAGUGAAGUUUUGUACGUUAGGGGGAUGAAUGUAUCUGAGUCUGAUGAUGAUAAUGUUUGGGAUGAUAGAAAGUUAAAUGAUGCCUAUGACAAAGCUUUAAGGAUGGCUAAUGAUGAUGUAGCUAAAAGAAUAGCCAUGUCUACCAACACUGGAUCAAAGUAUACAGAAAAACAGAGUUCUUCUAAAAAAAGCCAAAGUACUUCUUCAAAGUCAAAAAGUUCCAAAAUUCAGUGGAAGGCAGGUAUGCAGUGCAAAGCUGUCUAUAAGGACGAUGGUUUGGUAUAUAAAGCUGUUGUGUUGAGUAUUAUUGAUGACAAAGACUGCAUUGUUCAAUUCUCAGAUUACGAUAAUUUACAAAAGAUGCCUAUAAGUGAAUUGCAAUCACCAUUAGAUAAAAGUGAGCAGGCCGUAAGAAUAGCCGAGACAUUGUUCGACAGGCACGAUGACGGCUUUGAGAGUCAGACCGUUGAGGACAUGGAGCAUGAAGAGGGAACCAGUACUGGAGACCUUGGUGUGUCACAGCAACAAAAAAGAAAUCGUAAAGGGAAAAGUAAACAAAAACGAAGUAGCUUCACACUGUCAGACAUGCCCAUGCCGGAUAUAUCCAUUCUUAAAAAUCUGGGCAGUGUGGACAUGCCGCUGCCGCCUCCUCCUCCGCUGCACGUGGCCUCUCGCCCGCCCGCGUCCGAGGACCAGGCGCUCUCCUCCAUGUUGCUGGGCUGGUACAUGAGCGGCUACUACACCGGCCUCUACCAGGGCAUGAAACGGUCAAAGCAAAACGGGAACGACAAAUGAAGGCAGCUUUUUCUACAUAAUUUUAACUAUCACUUAAAAGUUUAAAAUCCAAACAUGAAAUAAAUAUACAUUAAGUUUUG